UUUUUUUGUCAAUCUCAGGACAACUAUUCUCACAAUUCUAAGCAUUAUCAGAUGUUUCAAGAUAUGACUUCAGGCAUCUCGGAAGGCAUGCCGUUUCAUUGCAUUACGAACUUGCUUACAGUUGUAGGCAAAUCGAGCUUCAGAAUUCGAAAUUGAUGAUGGAUCGAAGCGUGGUGGCCGCCACCGCGUUGCUGCUAGCGGUCCUCCUGGCAGGCGGGCCGCAGGAGGCCGUGCGGGCGUUCCAGAUCGGCGCGCCCAACAGCAACAAGACGUGCACCACGCUCCUGCCCCGCCACAGCGACAACGUGCCGCGCGCGGGCCCCUCGCCCUUCGCGCUGUCGGCGGCGCAGGGCGCGCGCGGCGAGCCGCUCAACGUCACGAUCACCUCUCGCCAGGGUUUCCCUUACAAGGGCUUCAUCCUGCAGGCGCGCGCCGCCGACGAUCUCAUGCCCAUCGGCACUUUCGUCGUUCACGACAGCGCGAACACGCAGACCAUCGCUUGCUUCGGGGAAGACCAUAACACAGUGACACAUUCGAAUCCGUCGGAGAAAACUUCGACAACAUUCGAGUGGACUCCUCCGGUGGACUUCAACGGCCAAGUGAUUUUCAAUGCAACUGUGGUUCAAGACUACAGCACAUUCUGGCAGGGUGUAGUUGCAAAAGCUUUAAUUGGUGAUCCUGCUCUCACUGGUAGUACAGCAGGCAUUUCUACAACACAGCCACCACUCACUACACAACGAACUUCAACAACAAAUGCUCCUGUGACUAUGGAGCCUGCAAUAAAUUACAGGGCUCUUAGUCCAAUUUACAUUGGCUGCGGGUCAUCAAAAGCAUGCUUUGGAUAUCCUAAUGACUGUGAUGUAGAUGGAAAUUGUAAUAUAAUGAUGACAUCCUUGGAAAGGGGUGACAAAUAUAUAUUUGAAUUGAUGUCUACAGAUCCAAGAUCUCUGUAUGUUGCUAUAGGCUUGUCAACUGAUCAAUUGAUGGGAGAUGAUCUUGUUAUGGAAUGUGUGGUGAUAAAUUCAGAAGUUAAACUAUUUCAGUCUUGGAAUAUUCGUCCUAACCCAAGGAAAGGAAACACAAGAUUACCUACUAAUGGAAAUCUACAACUAAUGAAUUAUUCACAUGUUGACAAUACAAUUUAUUGCCAAUUUGAAAGAGAUGCUGAUACAACAGUCAAUGAUGUCAGAUUUAAUCUACCUGCAUCACAAUACUACGUUCUUUUGGCACAUGGAGAUGAGGUCAAAGAAGAUGGUUAUGGUGGUGUUGGCUAUCACUUUAGAGCCCUUUUUUCUGGACAACAAGGAUUUUUGUCUGAUGUAACUGGCUUCAAAGCAGCUUCCAAACUACUACUUAGGCUCCAUGGAGCAUUUAUGAUUGCCGCAUGGAUUGGAGCUGCAAGUAUUGGUAUUGUUUUGGCUCGCUACUUUAAACAGACUUGGACUGGAAGUCAGUUGUGUGGAAAGGAUCAAUGGUUUGCAUGGCAUCGCAUAUUCAUGGUCCUUGUGUGGAGCUUAACCAUAGCAGCUUUUGUAAUCAUCUUUGUAGACUUAAAGUCAUGGGCUUCAUCUUCCAAAAAUCAUGCAAUUCUUGGUGUUAUUACAACUGCACUUGCAUUCUUUCAACCAAUUGGUGCAAUCUUCCGUCCGAGCCCCGACUCCAGAAGAAGACCGAUUUUCAACUGGUUACAUUGGUUCAUGGGCAAUUCUGCUCACAUCCUUGGCAUUGUUGCCAUCUUCCUUGCUGGUCAGCUACCAAAAGCUGAAUUACCUAAUUGGUGGAUUUGGAUUAUGGUUGGUUAUGUUGCCUUCCAUGUUAUCAUGCAUCUGAUGUUUUCAGUUGCUGGAUGUAUCAGUGAACGUCAAAGUAGCAAAAGAAUAAACUCCUUCCCGUUGAAGGAGAUGAGCAGCAGUCGCACACCACUGUCUUCUGCAGAACGAAGGCAAGAAGCACCUCAUGCCUGCUUUCGGAAGUUCCUAUUGGCUCUCUACAUCUUCGGUAUUCUUGUGAUCACUAUUGCCUUGAUUGUGAUUGCUGUUCUGGCACCAAUAGAAUCAAAUUCAACAAUCACAAAUUUUCAAAAUUGGAUUUCUACAAACCGCAGUGGUUAAAUGUUCAUAAAGAGGACCUUGAUUUAAAGGUUGGUUUUCAAAGUGAAGUCUGAAUAGAUGAUAUCUGAUGUUUUAACUUUCUAUAGUGGAAAGUAUUUUAGUUUUCCUUAUUUAUAUAGAUUGUACAUAUGCUAGACUAUUAUCUGAAGAAAUUAUUGAAGUCUAUUUGGUGCAAUUUUUAAAUUGGAGGGGGGCGGGGGGGAGAACAACUCUUGUCACUUCAUACAACUUCAGUUACCGAGAUUAAAAGUAUUUGUACUUAAAUACCCAUGUUUCGAAUGAAAUGCCAAAUUCACUUUAAUUACAGAUAUUAAAUUCAAAGAAAUGGAAGUUCAAGGAACAUGUAUUGACCAUCCUUUUCAGUGCUAAGGAGAAAGUGUUUUUCGGUCACUGGAACCAUUAAAAUAUUUGUAGGAUCAUUUUAGAUUUUACGCUGUUCUUGAGAAGCAAAUGAAAAUAGGAAAGUUUCCUAUAAUAAUAAUAAUUUGUAACUGGUAAUAUGUGCAACUUUACUUGUAUAAUAAGAUUCAUUGUGUAUUAGUUGUGUUCGUUUUGUUACGAGUGAAUAUCUACUUCAGGAUAUCUUUCAAAUGAACUUGUGCAAUAACACAGUGUAGUUUGCAAUGUAUUAAUAAAUUAAAUAUAUACUAACUUUGUAAAGAUUGUUUGUAUACUUUUUAAGGGUGAGAUCAAUUUGUAAUAUGAUGGCAGUACAAUAUAUCUUGUGUGUGUUUUAUAAGUAUACUUUUGUUGUGAAUGGAGAAUGUUCUUGUCAGGUUUUUGAUGUCUGAAAUAAUUAUUUUUAUCAAUUACUUACUUUGUUAACUACGUAUUAAGUUUCAUGAAAUGUUAACAUCAGAAUAGCGAGUACAAAUGAAAGAACCGAACUGAAAUGUAGGAGACAGGAUUUUGAAAAUGUGGUCCAUUAUAUUGCAGAAGGCCUCCAAUUUUAUGCGGAGGUUUGUUUACAGUAUUUGCAAAGGUUUUGUAUCAUUUAAGAUAUUCUAAUUCGAGGUAAGAUUUUGAAGUAUUUUUCUCAGUUACCAAUACAGUACAUAUUACUUACUUCAAUUUUAUGUCAACAAAUGCUUCAAUUUGAAAUGUGAAGAAGUAAAAACAAAGUAGUAUACAGCACAACUGUGUAAAACUUUAUAAGAAUAAAAUAUUACAGCUAUUCUCAAUAAUUA